CCUUCAGUUUGGGCUGCACUAAAGGGUGUAGAUUACUUUGCCUCUGGAUGUAAUGCUCCAGAAGAUGGUCUGAAUCCUCCCCGCAGCAUUCUUUGCCAAUGCUAACCCCUCUUUGCCAAACCUCGUCGACCACGAUGCUGCCUCGCCUCUCCCGGCGCUUCGCCACGAUGCAGCCGCAGCUGGCGGGGAGCGGCCACCGGUGGCUGCCGUGGGCGGCGGCGGCUACUGCGGCGGCAGGCGUGGUGAGCUACACCUACACGGGCCGCAAGAGUUUGGCCUGCGAGCAGAAGCCGCUGCUGGUGUGCGGAUCUCUAAACGCGGACAUCAUCAUUGAGAUCAAUCGGUUUCCGAAGAAGGGGGAGACCUUGAGUGCGCGCAGCCCCGACACGGGCAUCAUGGUCCCUGGUGGCAAGGGCGCCAACCAGGCUGUGGCUGCAGCCCGCCUGAGUGCGGGCACGGGCCGGCAGGCGAAGUUUGUGUGCCAGUUUGGGAACGACUCCCAUGCCUUCAAGCUGGAACAGGUGCUGCGGGAGAAGGAGGUGGACAUCGGCAACUGCGGACGCAGCAACAAGCCUUCCGGCCAGGCCUUCAUCUUCCUGGAAGAGGACGGGUCCAACUCCAUCCUCAUCGUGGGAGGCUCCAACGUGGCAUGGCCCAAGGAUGUGAAUGCCUUCGCGCAGCAGAUCCGCGGUGCCAGCGCAGUGCUGCUGCAGCGGGAGAUCCCGGAGUACGUGAACGAGGCGGUAUCGGAGGUGGCUGUCAAGGCCGGCGUGCCAGUCAUCCAGGAUGUCGGGGGAGAGGAGCGAGACUUCUCUGACGCCCAUCUGAAGAGGCUGACCUACAUUUGCCCAAACGAGACGGAGCUUGAGCGACUCACAGGCAUGCCCACCAGCACCCAAGAAGAGGUGGUAGCAGCGGCCAAGAGCCUCCAGAAGCGGGGCGUGAAGAACGUGCUUUGCACCCUAGGCGCGGACGGCGCGGUGCUAGUGGGCCCGGAUGGCUCCGUGUUGCGGCAGCCUGGCAUUGCAGUGCCUGGGGGCAAAGUGGUGGACACCACUGGUGCUGGGGACUGCUUCCGGGCAGCCUUCGCCGUGGCAAUGGUGGAGGGCAAGCCGCUGGAGGAGUGCUUGAAGUUCGCGGCCGCCGCCGGGGCCAUCACCGUGUCCCGCUACGGCGCCGUGCCGAGCCUCCCCGAGCGGAAGGAGACGGAUGCGUUGGCGCACUGGAGAGGAGCCGCGGCGAGUUAGUAUAAGCAUCCCGGGGAGGUUCACCACGAACCGCCCACAGCCAUUUGGCGAAUUUGCCAUUUGUAUGCACCUCAAACAUUUUUACAUAGUCAAUAUGUACAGGCAUGGAUACUCCGCUGCUUUGCCCUUGGGUGAACAGCCUUUUCUAGCAAGUCCGAAGAUGAUUCACUGACGACAUCUUCGGCAUUUUGAUCAACCAAUGACCAUCGGGCCAUGUGUGGCAACUCUCGGCAGAAAGCAGCAAGCAUCGGCGGCAAUCCAGAACCACCAGAACCAGCAUCUAGGGCAGUGGAAGCGGCUGCACCACCAGAGCCAGCUGGACCGGAACCGGCGCCAGGCAUGGCUUGGAGCAGGAUGGAAGGAUAACCAGCUGGUGAAGCAGCCCUAUGUUAUGGAAGAGAGAGAGAUGCCACACCGUGCCAC